AUGGAAAAUGAGUCCUUCGGCUUUAGUUCUGAGUUAACCCUUGAUCCGUUUGUUAUCCCACCUGGAGGAAAGUAUCCUAUAUUUUUUGUUGGUAUUGUCAUUUAUAUUUUUGGAAUUUCCUGUAACCUGACCUUGCUGGCUCUAAUCAUACUGAACAGAAACCUUCACAAACCCAUGUAUUUCAUCCUGUUUAGUCUUCCACUCAAUGAUCUCAUAGGACUUUCUGCAAUGCUGCCAAAAGUACUUUCAGAUAUUGUUACGGAGACGCAUAAAACGCACUAUCCUCUUUGUGUGUUACAGGCAUUCCUGCUGCACAUGUAUGGUGGUGGAAUUUUGUUUAUUCUUGCAGCAAUGUCCUUCGACCGCUAUGUUGCCAUCUGCAUGCCGUUACGCUACAGCUCUAUCAUGAUACCAAGAGUUGUUAGUUGCAUUAUUGCUCUAGUUUGGGGUCUUGAUUUUGUCUUGAUUUCAUCACUCUUCUCUUUGCAGACGAGGCUUCCCAGGUGCAGAUAUGUUAUUAUGAAUGUAUUUUGUGAUAACCCAUCUCUCCUGAAGCUCACGUGUGGAAACACAACAGUCAACAAUAUAAUAGGAUUGUUCAACACGGCCGUCAUGCAAGUUGUAAGCGUGUCCAUUCAGGCAUGUUCCUAUGUUAAAAUUCUCCUCACAUGUGUGGCUACAAGGAAAACAGAAGCAAAGGCAAAAGCUGUCAACACGUGUGUGGCUCAGUUAGUUAUACUGGUCAUAUUUGAGGUUGUGGGAACUUUCACGAUUUUAUCUCACAGGUUCAAAAAUGUCUCAGUUGACAUGCAAAAGAUAAUGGGCAUGCUAAUAUUUAUUGUGCCUCCACUUCUUAAUCCAAUCGUGUAUGGGUUGUAUACAAGGGAAAUACGAAACACUCUCCUGAGAGUCUUAAAAAAAAAGAAUAUCCAUCUAAAUCUUUAA